UAUAAUCAGCCCUUCGAAGAUGAUUUUCUUGUUUCCAUGAAAACUCUGACUUACAGUACACAUGAAGGACCAAAAAAAUGGGAGAAUGUGUCAACCAAGUGUCUUAAAAAAUGGAGGAAGGAAAUGCUUCAGCGUAAUAGAGGAAGUCAAAGGGACGCAGAGGAAUCAAGGGAUGUCGAUGUAGUUUCAGUAAGAAGAAAAUUUGAAGGCAUUGACCUGCAGAAUGUAGGUACUGAAAAAUUUGGAGAGUGCACAAAAGUUCGAGUGGAUGUGAUAGUACAAGAUGAUGCUAGAAGAAUUCCCAAAUGGAUUUUGGUCGCACCUCCAGGUUUGUGGCAAAGUCUUCAUUUGGCUUCACCAGUGCAAGAACUGAUUAGUAAUCGAGCCACUGUUUGCAGAAACAAAAUGUUGUCAAAUGAAUGUUCUUCAUCCCGAUCUCUACAGUUAAAAUAUUCUGGUGUUCCCAGUUCAUCACAUAAAAUAACCAUACCCAGACAUAAACCCUCUCCAGAGCUGAAGAAAACUUGCAGUAUCCUCACAGAAUACCAGUCUGCAGAUGAGGAAUGCUCCUGGAGCAAUAUAACGAUUGCAGACUUAUAUCCAGCGAUGGUUGAGACACUUGGAAGGCUCAUGGUAAAGGAGUAUCAGAGAAGAGAGUUAAAAUGCAUGUUUGGGCACUUAAGGUCCAAGAGAUGGCAUUAUGGAAGACCCAAGUUCAAUAUGACUGUAUACAAAAUAGGAAAGUUCAGACAUUAUAAACCAAAGAAAGCACUAGUCAGCAUAUGCAGCAGUGGAGUUGCAGACAAGCAGAAUCCGACUUUGGGAAAUGAAAGUGGAGAAGUUUGUUGUGGCAGUUGUCUCAUUAAUAAGUCAUCCAGUCUAGUACCUUAUACUGAUACAAGUGAAAUCAUAGUGGACUGCUCUGACUCAAGUUUAGAACACAAAUUGGUAUCUGGAAAAGGCAAACAAGUCUCCAAACAGACUGUUUUUCCUAAUGAUGCAACUAGAAUGGGAGAGAGAUUUCUAGUUGAAGGUGAGUUACAGACUACUGCCUCACUGAAGAAUUUGGAAUGCACAGGAAGUGAAAAAUUGGCUUGCCAGUCUUCAGAAUACCGUCGUAGAAUAUCUGUUGCCUCUUCAGAGUCAACAGCGCUUCAUCUUGGGAAAAAUAAGCCUCAGAAAACUGGCUUUUCUUCUGGUGAUACCUCAGAGUUGUGUUCCUCUGCUUACAGUUCUUGUGGCAGUAGUAACACUCACCAACUUAGCACAAGCUCUUCUUUUGCAAGAACAUCGAAUUCUUCACCCAUGAAGCCUGAAAAAAUAAUUCCUGCAAGACAAAUUUCCUCCCAGCCUAGGCACUCACUUUCCUCACUGUUUGUGGAAUGGAAUCCUUCAGAGGUGCCCCAGAAAUACAAAGAUGAUUUUGACAAACUCUACCAUGAACUCUGUUGCAAAGAAAUCCAAAAGCCUCUGACAUGGACAGAACCUUCUCCAAACUCAAAGAACCUUGAAGAGAAAGGAAGAUUAGUGAACUGUAAUUUAAAUGAUUCUGUGAGGUCAAGUGCACAGAUUGACAGAGAUUUUGACAGGCUCUAUGAGAAAUUGUGUAGUGAGGCUGCUCCAAAACUUCCUAGUUUUCAGAGGAAAUGUGAAGGAACACAGAUGUCUGAAACUGUAAAUGCUCUUGUUAACUCACCUGUUCAAAUGCCAUUUACAUUUCCCAGAGUUAAAAGACUAGAAAGUUUUCCAAGUGAUCAUCUUUGUUCACCAGUAAAGCGGCUGAAACAUACACCAGAAAGUUAUUUUUCUUCAGCAAAAUGUCAACAGAUCUCUCACCACUGCUUUGAAGAUCACAGCUGUCAGUGUCAGGACUCUGGAUUUCAUGCUGCUUCAGGUGAAUGUCUUGGUAUUCCUGGUACUUCCCUGCAAGGUAUGGAGGUUACAUACAUGCUUCUAGAAAAUCAGUAUGGGAGAGCCCAAGCUAAUCAAACCUGCAGACCUGAGGCAAGUGCCUGUGGACAAAACCAGCCAGACUCCAGCAUGGAUGGCUGGUGA